AGUUGUUACUGCUGGCACGAUGGAGGUCGUUUCGAACAUAAUCACGGUAUAUUUACCGAACUAUUUUAGUAAUUUGCCAGUUCCAAAAUCGUUAUUUGGUUUUGCAAAGUUAUCUGUUGUCGAAUGGUUUUCCCUUGUACCUGUGGUUGGGACAGUAUCUUUGCUUGUGUACGUUACUUCACAAGCUUUUAAACCUAAACCCCCUCCAAAGAAACACCCCGUGAACCUCAAGAUUCAGAAAGAAACACCAAAGGUGGUGAAUUUGGUGGAUAUGGAAGAUCUCGCUGACAAAGUCACCUACUGCAGAUGUUGGCGUUCAAAGAAGUUCCCUCUUUGUGACGGCAGCCACAACAAGCACAACGAAGAAACAGGGGACAAUGUAGGGCCCCUUGUGCUGCGGAGAAAAGCUGCAGCAUAGAUGGAGUCACUACUUAAGGGGAAUUGUUACCUUCAGGAAGGACACUUUCUGUUGUUAUGGAUUAAAAUCGUGUGAAUGUGUGAAAAAGAAUCGACAUCUAAAUAUAUGACAAGACUGUCUUUCGUAAAACUUAGGAAAUAUCAAUUUUAUGGAUGCCUUCUUUUCUGGUUGUUUGUUUGUUUGACAAUACUUUAGAGGUCUGUUGAUGUAAAUAUUUGAUAUUUCAACUUUAGUGCUACCCAAUAUUUAUGUUGAAUUUUCCAUCUGUUAAAGGUAGUUAUCAUAAAAGUGGUAUUUUUCUGCUAAAUAAUGUUGCUGAUACUGAAGUAUUUCCUAUACAGCAUAAUUCCAUGGCUACUUGUUAAUGUAAAAAACUGGCAUUGGUCAUAAUAAUUGCUCUUUUUGUAUCAUCAAAUAUAAAUAAAAGGAUUUCAACAGGGUUUCUCUCAUAAUGAUACUCCUAUAUGUAUCCAAAUACUUACUUGAAGUCCCACUUUGAAAAGACUUCACUGUCACAAUAAUAAGCUGUAUUUGUGUAAUUCAUGAUGCACCCAUAAUUCAUUAUUGUGAAUUUGAUUGACUGAUUUGUUGACCCGGCUGAAUGUUGUCAUCCUUGGUCCAGUCGGACACUCUUUUUGUGUACUGCUAUUUAAAAAACGGUUUUGCAAAUGAUCAUGUGAAUUGAAAUCAUUUUAAGCUUAAAUGCUGCUAUUGAAUAAAACUGUUUUAAAUACAAGUGUACUCUGAAAAUAUUGGAAUUAAGAAAUUAUCAAAUAUAUGAUAAUUUGAUUUUAAGAUCGUUCAAUGUAACAUGAUUUAUGCAAACUUAAAUUAAGGGAGACAACUUGAAGCAAAAAUAUAUAGCUUGAAACCUAUUUCUUGCAUCAUCCAUGUUCAUUUAUCAAUUAGAUUUGACAUCAGUCUAUCAUUGAUAUUUUGAAAAAAAUUGUAUAUUCAAAAUAUUGAGUGCUGAAGUGUAUGUUGAAAAUAUUUAAGAUGAUAGGAAUAUUUGUUCAUUCCAUUUUCUAAUUAUUCAGGUAUAUUUGUAUGUUUUUAUAUUGAAAAAAAUAUCAUAGCAUAUUUUUUGUGUGUCAAAUACAACAGUAUGAUUCAGGUUUAAGAUUUAGUCCACUAGUAUUACGUCUGUAGUUCUCCGGUAUUGUUGUAACAGGGCAUGUUUUGCAGCCAAAGUCACCGUUGUGGAAAUAUACCCCUGAUAGCACAACAGCAGGAUCAUCUCAUUUUGUAAUAUUCAUCAGGUUUAUAUCUAUAGACGUAUUUCAAUAAUAAGAACCAGUCUUAACAGUACUACAAAAAAAGGUCAAUUUAUUCUCAUUGUAUAGGCCUAAUAGAAUAAAACCCUUUUCUCUUGUAUAAAUUCACAAAAUUAUCUCAUGUGUGAAUCACCACUAUUCACAAGAUUCCUGGUGUGUCAAAAGCAUCUUUGAUUUCCCCAAAAUAAUUUAAAUAGAUAGUGGAUUCAAGACUACUUUGUCACUGAUUACUGUAAAUGUGAGGUUCUACGGUUACUUCCAACAUUGUACAUGAACUGGUUUGUCAAAUCUUUUUUUCAAAUGUAAUAUUUCUGGCAUACAUCUUGACAGACCUGCAGAUGUCAAUACAGGCUUUGAAAGUCUUUAUCAAGGAUCAUCAGAAAACAACAUGAAACCACCAGGUCCGUCCUUAAUUAUUUCAUAAAUGAACAACUUUUGACCAAUUUAUCCAACUGAUAAAAGAAAACUGCCUAAAGGAUUUUCUUGUUUCAUUCAUAUUCUGAAAUUAACUAUCUAAAUCACUUCUGAUAUAUAAUUACUGUGUUAUGUUUCAAAUACUUUUUCAUCAUCUGGUUUACUUCUUAUCCACAGCGUUAGUGUUUGGUGAUAGAUCUUCUUUAUUUUCUUAGUCUCUUAUGAAUUAUCAUAAUCUGAAUAUUUUCUUAGUCUUUAUGAAUUAUCAUAAUCUGAAUAUUUUCUUAGGCUCUUAUGAAUUAUCUUAAUCUGAAAUCUCUCUAUAAUGGGAAUGUUCUUGAGAAAAGUCUACCCAAGACUGGUCAUAUUUGAAUUGGACGACAGCUGAUAUAUAGAAUUCUCAUGUGAAGAUAGAUUGUAUACUGUUGUAUACAGAAUGUAGAAUAAGAUAAGAGAUUCAGAAGACAGCAUAUAUACAGAAUCUUUACAUAAUCUUUAUGUACCCCAAAUUUACUGGUUAAAUGGUUUUGUAAAUUGUUAAAAUUGUCAUACUUUGAUUCAGUGUUUUGACUUCCAGUGGUUGUUAAACUGGGAAAGACUUCUAACCAGUUUGUUAAUUUCUUUUUUCUUAAUGUGCACACAUUUUGUACUUUUUUAAUAAUGCUGAUUAUUUUGAAUCAUAGAACUCUUAUAAGUAACAAAUGAUCUUAACAUCAAUCCAUGGGGAUAUACAUGGUGCAGUUUUUCUAAUUACAAACUUCUAUCAAAAUGUAAUUUCAUUCACCUUUUUUGUUCUAAUUACUUGUACAAACUUCUAUCAAAAUGUAAUUUUGUUUAGUUAAAUGCAUUUUUGGAAAACUUUGUUAUUUUGUGCUUGAGCCUGGUUAAUUUGUAUACAUUGGGUUUUUAUGUAAAUUGAUAAUAAAAAAUGUUGCAUAUAUAUUAAUA